AUGGAGGUCGCUCGUACCUCCAUGAUCCAUGCGGCUGCUCCCCAUUUCCUGUGGCCGUUUGCAGUGCAGUACGCCGCGCAUCAGCUCAACCUCUGGCCCCGUGUCUCUGUUCCGGAGACCUCGCCUACUCUGCGUUGGACGGGGGAGGUUGGCGACGCGUUGGUGUUCCGAGUCUGGGGAUGUCGAGCCUUUGUCCGCGAUACGUCCGCGGACAAACUCUCCUCCCGUGCGGUUCCCUGUGUCUUCCUGGGCUUUGUCCCUGACGCGCCUGGCUGGCGGUUUGACCACCCCACCUCGCGACGUGUCUUCGCCUCUCAGGACGUCACCUUUGACGAGUCGGUACCCUUUUACCGUCUCUUCCCCUACCGCACUGCCCCGCUUCCCCCCCCGCCCCUCUUCCUCACCCCAGGUGUCCCGUCGGUAGACCCCCUCCCUCCCCAGGGUGCUGCUCCCUCAGGUGUUUCCCAGGUAGACCCGGUCGAGCCUGUCGAGGUACCGCCUGCUGGAGGUGCUGCUGGUGCUACUGGUGGUGCUGCUGGUGCUGGUGCUGCUGGAGGUUCUGGAGCUGCUGGAGGUGCUGCUGGUGCUACUGGUGGUGCUGCUGGUGCUUGUGCUGCUGGAGGUUCUGGAGCUGCUGGAGGUGCUGCUGGUGCUACUGGUGGUGCUGCUGGUGCUCGUGCUGCUGGAGGUGCUGCUGGUGCUACUGGUGGUGCUGCUGGUGCUGGUGGUGCUGGAGGUUCUGGAGCUGCUGGAGGUGCUGCCGGGGCUGCUGGGGGUUCUGGAGCUGCCGGAGGUGCUGCUGGUGCUGGUGCUGCUGGAGGUGCUGCUGGAGGUCCUAGAGUCUGA